UCCUCCUCCCAGGGCUGGAGCCACCCCCUCGGCCAGUGGCGUAGCCGGACUCUGUGUCGGGGCCAGCCAGAUAGGGGCGGAGGUCCUGAGCCCUGUCUCGACUCGAGCGGGGGGCCAUGGAGAAAGCGGCCCGAGGCGCUUUCCACACCGACUAACGCAGGCCCGUCGCGGCUGCAGGCGCCAUGGACCGAGCCCCCACUGACCAGAAUGUCAAGCUCUCAGCUGAGGUAGAGCCAUUUAUUCCCCAGAAGAAGAAUCCUGAUACAUUUAUGAUCCCGAUGGCACUCCCAAAUGAUAAUGGAAAUGUUUCUGGUGUAGAACCAACUCCAAUUCCCAGCUACCUGAUUACUUGUUAUCCAUUUGUGCAGGAAAACCAGUCCAAUAGACAAUUUCCGUUAUAUAACAAUGAUAUACGAUGGCAACAGCCCAGUCCAAACCCUGCUGGACCAUACCUUGCCUACCCCAUUAUAUCUGCUCAGCCACCUGUUUCUACAGAGUAUACAUAUUAUCAGCUGAUGCCAGCACCAUGUGCCCAAGUUAUGGGAUUCUAUCAUCCUUUUCCUACACCUUACUCCAACACCUUUCAGGCUGCAAAUACCGUAAAUACUAUAACCACAGAGUGCACUGAGCGUCCAAAUCAGCUUGGGCAGGUCUUCCCAUUGUCCAGUCAUCGAAGCAGAAACAGUAACAGAGGACCAGUUGUACCAAAACAACAGCUUUUACAACAGCACAUAAAAAGCAAAAGGCCACUGGUGAAAAAUGUAGCUACUCAGAAAGAGACAAAUGCAGCAGGUCCUGAUAAUCGAUCAAAAAUUGUGCUUCUGGUAGAUGCUUCACAGCAAACUGAUUUCCCAUCAGAUAUUGCUAACAAAUCUCUCUCGGAGAGCUCUGCCACAAUGCUCUGGAAGUCCAAAGGCAGGAGGAGAAGAGCGUCCCACCCUACUGCUGAAUCCUCUAGUGAGCAGGGGGCUAGUGAAGCCGACAUUGACAGUGAUAGUGGCUACUGCAGUCCCAAACACAGCAACAACCAGCCUGCAGCGGGGGCUUUGAGAAAUCCCGAUUCUAGCACCAUGAAUCAUGUGGAAUCAUCUAUAUGUACAGGUAGUGUAAAUUGGUCCAAUGUAACUUGCCAGGCAACUCAGAAAAAACCUUGGAUGGAAAAAAAUCAGACGUUUUCUAGAGGUGGAAGGCAGACUGAACAAAGAAAUAAUUCACAGGUUGGAUUCAGAUGCCGAGGACAUAGUACUUCCUCAGAAAGAAGACAGAAUUUGCAAAAGAGACAAGAUAAUAAGCAAUUAAAUGCCAGUCAGUCUCAUAGAGGCGACUCAAAUUCUGAGUCUUUAUAUUUUGAGGAUGAAGAUGGAUUUCAAGAACUAAAUGAGAAUGGAAAUGCUAAAGAUGAGACUAUUCAACAGAAACUUUCUUCAAAAGUAUUGGAUGAUUUACCUGAAAACUCACCAAUCAAUAUAGUUCAGACUCCAAUUCCCAUUACCACCUCAGUUCCUAAACGUGCAAAAAGUCAGAAGAAGAAAGCUUUAGCAGCGGCCCUUGCCACAGCUCAAGAAUAUUCAGAAAUAAGUAUGGAGCAAAAAAAACUACAGGAAGCUUUAUCAAAGGCAGCUGGAAAAAAAAAUAAAACCCCUGUGCAGCUAGAUUUGGGGGAUAUGUUAGCAGCUCUGGAAAAACAACAACAAGCGAUGAAAGCACGGCAGAUUACUAAUACCAGACCUCUGGCAUAUACAGUGGUUACUGCAGCUUCUUUUCACACUAAAGACUCUACUAACAGAAAACCUUUAACCAGAAGUCAGCCCUGUUUGACAUCCUUUAGUUCUUUGGACAUUACUUCCUCUAAAGCAAAGAAAGGAAAAGAGAAGGAAAUUGCAAAACUAAAACGGCCCACAGCACUUAAAAAGGUUAUUUUGAAAGAAAGAGAGGAAAAGAAGGGCCGUUUAACUGUGGACCACAACCUUUUGGGAUCUGAGGAACCAGUAGAAAUGCACUUAGAUUUUAUUGAUGAUUUGCCACAGGAGACUGUUUCCCAAGAAGAUGCUGGACUGAGCAUGCCCAGUGAUACUUCACUUUCUCCAGCAAGUCAGAACUCUCCAUACUGUAUGACACCUGUGUCACAAGGCUCUCCGGCUAGUUCUGGGAUAGGCAGUCCGAUGGCAUCUUCAACAAUAACCAAAAUCCACAGCAAAAGAUUUAGAGAGUAUUGUAAUCAGGUUCUUUGUAAAGAGAUUGAUGAAUGUGUGACUCUUCUUCUUCAAGAGCUUGUCAGUUUUCAGGAACGCAUCUACCAAAAAGAUCCUGUGAGAGCAAAAGCAAGGAGACGGCUGGUUAUGGGCCUAAGGGAGGUUACUAAACAUAUGAAGUUAAAUAAGAUCAAGUGUGUUAUAAUUUCUCCAAACUGUGAAAAAAUCCAGUCAAAAGGUGGCCUGGAUGAGGCUCUCUAUAAUGUUAUAGCCAUGGCACGGGAACAAGAAAUUCCUUUUGUGUUUGCCCUUGGAAGAAAAGCUCUAGGACGCUGUGUGAACAAGCUGGUUCCUGUUAGCGUAGUGGGAAUCUUCAACUACUUUGGUGCUGAGAGCCUGUUUAAUCAGUUGGUAGAGCUCACUGAGGAAGCCAGGAAAGCAUAUAAAGAGAUGGUUGCAGCAAUGGAACAAGAGCAGGCGGAGGAAGCCUUGAAGAACGUGAAAAAGGCACCACACCACAUGGGGCACUCUCGGAACCCCUCUGCGGCAAGCGCCAUUUCUUUCUGCAGUGUCAUUUCUGAACCCAUUUCUGAAGUAAAUGAAAAGGAAUAUGAAACAAAUUGGAGAAACAUGGUGGAAACCUCAGAUGGGCUGGAAACAUCAGAAAAUGAGAGAGAGGUUUCCAGUAAGCAUAGCACAUCUGAAAAGCCCAGGAAACUUCCAUCUGAUGCAGCCCCUGUUGGUAAGCAGCCAUCAUUACUGGCUGCAAGCAGUACUACCUCAGCUGCAAACCCUGGGAGAUCAACAGUGAGCGAUAAAGAGGAAGUGAAGCCCGAUGACCUGGAAUGGGCCUCCCAGCAGAGUACAGAGACUGGUUCUUUGGAUGGCAGUUGCCGAGAUCUCUUAAAUUCCUCCAUCACCAGCACCACCAGCACUCUUGUCCCUGGCAUGCUCGAAGAAGAGGAUGAUGAAGAUGAGGAAGAGGAGGAAGAUUAUACUCAUGAACCCAUAUCUGUAGAAGUACAGCUCAAUAGUAGAAUUGAGUCGUGGGUCUCUGAGACCCAGAGAACAAUGGAGACUCUUCAGCUUGGAAAAACCCUUAAUGGUUCUGAGGAAGACCAUGCAGAGCAGAGUGGAGAAGAGGAGGCAGAAGUGCCUGAAGUGCUAGAACCAGGGAUAGAUGGGGAGGCCUGGACUACUGACCACCAAGCAAGUCAGGAGCAGCAGAAGCCUAGCAGCUGCAGCUCGCUGAACAACGAGCCCUCUGAUCUUAGUUAUCCGCCCCCAGGUCUGUAACUCAGGAAAUGUCCACUGUCUGUCUCCAACUGUGUAAGGGUUGCAGCCAUUCUCUUUUAUGCUUCAUCUCAACGUUUUGCAUUGUCCAGUAUUUAAUAUGUAUAUUUAAUUUCUGACAAAUAUUUUUUGUAGCUGUCUUUUACUUGUUUUACUAUAAUCUGUAGCUUAGCUUUUAAUUAGCAUCUAAGUGUCUUUCUAAGAGCUGUGUGGAAAUUCAGUUGUUUGAGUUUAUUUUGUUAUGGAAAAUAAUGAUUAAAAUAGAAGAAGACUAGGUUUAAAAAAGAAAAUAAAUUUAAAAUGCCUAUUUAGAGUCAUUUUGAAAGUUAAAGAUCGAUAGGAGCACUUAACCAAUGUUUCAAGACUAUGCCUCCUUCACUCUAAUUUGAUCAAAAGUUGUUUGGGCUUCUUUAAAAAAGAACUGGAGGUAGAUUUGGAAAACUGAAAAAAAGGCUGAGGGUAGCUAAGCCCACAAUUGUUUUGUGUUAAAAACUGAUGCCACUUUUCUUUGGUCCAAAAAUGUUUAUUUUAGAAGCCAUUGAUCAUUGUAAUCGAUUAAAGUUGGGAUAGGCUAAAACAGAGCCUCCAAAACUUAGGCUAGCAAAGGAGUCACCACGAUGCAGUAGAGCUGGCCGUACUUGUGGAAAGUGAUAGAUGUUGUCUUUAAUAGUGAAAAGUCACCCAUGAUAGGACCUAACAGGUUCUGUCUCAUAUUUACUUCUUACUUACCUCAGGAAUGCUCUUGUACAUAUUCGUAUUUACAUAAAGUUAGGCAAAUUGUGGCAGGUGAUUAACUGUAACCAAUUAUAUGACUGCAGCACUUAACGUGUAAACUAUUCCGAAACAGAGUCUUCUACUGGUGUGUUCUCUUGCAUGCUUUUGAUUUGGGACCCUCUGGAUUUGCUAUCUGAACUUGAUUAGGUAUCCGAACUUGUCCUGAGUGAAAAACCAUUUCACCUUUUUAAAAAAAUACCUAUUUUGUCCCUAGCCUUGAGCACCUGCCACAUAACACCAACCGUAGUUACUGAUAGGAGGUCAGGGAGAAGAACUUUACACAACUUACAAUGUGUAUCCUGAUAAUCAAAAGGCUGGAAAAGGAAGUUUUGAAGAAGCGAGAAAGUUGUUCUAAUUGUGCUGAAACUAUUAGAUGAUUUAGAGUACACAGAUCUAGGCAGGUAUUACUUCUUGAUCACUAUUUAUCCCUGCCCUUCUCUAAGAUAAUGUAUGUACCUGCUUGGGAGAAUUUAAACUUACUCAGCUAGAAGUUUUAUUUGCUGGUCAAUCACCUGGUAGUGACGUCUACAAGUUUAUGUAAUGUUGGGAGACUUACAGAUGACCUGUUUUUCUCUCAUCCCUCCAACUCCCCCCCCCCCCCCCCCCCCGCCCCGCACCGCCCCAUCGCCAGCCUCCAGUGGACCACACACAUGCACCCUCGGCUCCAGCCUUAAGCUCUCAAGCUCCCACAAGCAGGCACAGAACUGAGGAGGGAGGGGUACUUUCCCUGCUCUGGUUUAAUGGCGCAGGGCUUUGCCUCACAGAGGCAGGAGAGAAGAAUUGGGCAGGUUUUUUACUGAACUCAUUGGGACUACUGUGCUAGUUGUGAUGUUUUAUAAUGCUGGCAUUUAAUACUGGAGAAUGAGAUUUCUUGGGUGAUGAUUUAGUUAUUUGUGCAUUAUGGAAGUUUAGGAGCAUUGCUGUAUAGAAAAUGUCAGUCUAUCAACUUUAUUAGUGUGCUAAAAGGGGACAUUAUUAUCCUGUCCUGUCUAAACUGUUCUCCAGUAUAGACUUCUUAGGCACAACGUAUUUAGUCUAGUACUUAAAGGAACACAGCAUGUAAGGAAUGAAGCCUCUGAAAUAGUAAUCAUGGGUGUAUAUGUGGCAGACCUUACUGUGUCUACACAUUUGGAAGUGUUAAUUGGUUUAAGGAAAUGAUAGAGAUUUUGAACUACUGACAAUCUUAAAAGUGAGUUUAAAAACUUUUCAUACUUUUUAUGGUGUAAAUUUCCUUUGCUUGGUGUCAGUGAUUCAGAUAACUCUUGAUCUUGAGGUAUUGGCUUUUCAAAGGUUUCUUAUAUUUUAUAUCUCUUCUGAAUGAGAAUUGUCAUUUUACAUUUUUGACAUUUGUAUCAAAAGAGAAGUUGAGGAAAUCUUCAGAACACCAGUAACUUUUAAAUUUAUUACUAUAGACUUCAGAAGUGUUUGAUUAUGUGUUUGAUAAAUGCUCUUGCACGUGCAGGAUCUUCUGCCAGCAAACCCAAGGGACCACAGCCUUUUUUAUAUGAGACAGGUCACUCUAGAGGACUAUCCAAAAUUUAUUAAAGGAAAUGCUACUGUGUCGAAAGUAUGCUUAAAUAAGUAUUAAUAAUGUCCUUAUAAUUUGUUUCCUUUAGAUAAAUUCUGGAAUUUGUAUAUUCUAUACAGGAGGAGGUGUGAAAAUUGGGAAAGUGGUUUUUUUUUGUUUUUUGUUUUUUGUUUGUAACUGGGAGUGGGUGGCUCUUCGGAGACCUAAUGGUAAGAGUAGGGGUUCAUUAUCACAAGAAAUAAAAACCAUAGAUAUUUUUUUCUUAGUGUGUAGAGGUUGUUUUAUGGCAAUAAUUAAUAUUAGAUUUCUAUUUCAGUACAUAAGUAUAUGAAUUAUAUAAUAUGAAUUGCACUCCCAGAACUAGAUUUCUGCUUUAGUAGGUUUGUUUGCUGUGAAGAUCACUUCUCAAAAGACAAAUGUUCAUACUAGCUUAAUUUUUGGUUUAAAUAUGUUUGUAAAUGAUGUAAUAUAUUUCUUUUGACUAAACAUGGGAAAAAUAAUGUGUGUGAUACAUUGAAAAGUUUUUAAAGGCUUUGAUUGGAGGUCAUUUUUGCAGAGAGGGUAUUUUAUAUGCUUCCAGUAUUUGGAAAAGAAUUAGUCAAAAGGAAUUCACAUAGUUUAAAUAUUGAAAAAUUAAUAUCCAAAUAAUGUACUUGUCUGAUUUCUUAAUAAGCUGGGGGGGGUGGGGAUUGUAAUGUGCAAAUGAGUAGUGAACUCUACAUUCAUUUUUCAACUCUUUAACAUAAAACUGUUAAAUCUUAACACAUUGUUACUUUAAUAUAUGUAUAAAGAAGUAUUACUGUUUGUAAAGCUGCUGUUUGCUUUAAAAAAAAAAAAAACCUCUGUCAUUUAAGUAUUUUCUGUACGUUGUGCCAGCAGGUUAAAAUAUUAAUUUAUACCAUUUAAAAACAUAAUCAUUUUUUGCUUUUAAAAUUUUUCUGUGACAUAAUUUAUUUAAAGACAUCUUCCUCCUCCCUUGCCCUUUCCAGCCUUUAUACACAUCACAGAGUAAGCCAAACUGUCUACCUAAUCCAAAAUCUGAAUCCCAAUUAAUGAUAAAAAUUUAAACUUUGUUGGCACAACACACCUUAAAAGUAUUUGUGUUAUUUUGUAAUUUAAUUUCUAAGUAUACCACAUGAAUUUAUAAUUUAAUGUCUUAAUUGUAAUGCUCUAAUAAAAAACUAGCAAAAUUAGUGAAUUAUAACAUGAAAAGAUUUUCAUCUUGUUCUUUUGUUGUAUGAAGGAUAAUUGUUAUUUCACACUUUAGGAGUAAUAACAGCUUUUUUUGCACUUUGUAAAUACUAGUGGAGAUUCUUCUGUAACUAAUAAAAUGAUUAUUGAAA